ACCCUCGCUUUCUUCGGGAGUGAAUUAAAGACAGAGGGCAGCAGAGCUCCUAAACCCGACUGCUCGGGAUGCGUUCGGCACUGAGGAGUUUCUGAUACUCUCCAGCCGUUUGAGGAGGAUUUGCAUGGCUUUACAACUCACGCGGUAAGACUUUCUGCGCUUCUUCAAUCGCUGCGCUGUAGCGCGUCAAGGAAAGUUAGUGACACUUUGCGCGCAAAGCGACUCAAUUUUUGGAUUGUUAUUCCGAUGGUUGACAAGUCGUUGGAUGAGGAGGAGAGCAUGCUGUAAUACGUGAAGAUGCGCCAGAGGUCGUGGCUCUUUAAAUGGUUGGGAAUCGGCAUUGGCGUUCUUCUGCUCACCGCUGCUAGCUAUUCUCAAGAUUCAGAUGACUGGCAGUAUGAGGAGUGCAAGCUCUCCAGAACAGGCCCGCCUGCAACCAUUGUAGCCAUAGAUGAGGAGAGUCCAAAUGGAACCCUUCUGGUGGAGAACAUGCAGAUAAAUGGGAGAGCAGAAGACCCUGACAGGACCAUUUCUUUAUCUUUACGGGACAACCACGACUACUGGGUCAUUCUGGACCCAGUCAAGCAACGCCUGUAUCUCAACAGCACCGGACGACUUCUGGACCGAGAUCCUCCCUCCUACAUUCAGUCCAUUGUGGUGCAGGUUCAGUGUACUAAUGAGCUUGUUGGCACGGUGAUCCUACACGAGGUGCGGAUAGUCGUACGGGAUCGAAACGACAACACCCCACGCUUUCAGCAGCCGCGCUACUAUGUAGCGAUUAAUGAGCUAACACCUGUCGGAACCACCAUCUUCUCAGGUUUUUCAGGGAACAAUGGGGCUGUUGACAUUGAUGAUGGUCCUAACGGACAAAUUGAAUACACCGUUCAGUACAACCCUAAAGAUCCGACCACAAACAGGACAUUCGACAUCCCUCUCACCCUGUCUGGAUCAGUGGUUCUGAGAGAGAGGCUGAAUUAUGAAGAGAUCACACGCUACCUGGUCAUCAUUCAGGCCAACGACCGAGCUCCAAACCCAAAGGACCGGCUCACCGCCACCACCACGCUCACGGUGGAUGUGUUGGACGGGGAUGACCUGGGCCCAAUGUUUCUGCCUUGCAGCCUGGUAGACAACACCCGUGACUGCAAACCUCUCACGUACCGCGCCAGCAUCCUGGAGCUCACAGAUCCGGCAGAGCAGGAUAACGGACACCCUCUCCCGGCAUUCGCUAAUCUCCACAUUGAGGUGCUUGAUGAGAACAAUCAGGCGCCGUAUUUCCAGGUGGCCACUUAUCAUGGAUUCAUCUCGGAGUCUGCUCUGCUGGGCACAACUAUCUCGAGCAGUGCCAAUCUCUCCACCCCCCUCGCCAUUAUCGCCCUGGAUAACGACAUCGAGGAGCUGAAUCCCGGUGAUGUGCCUACGAAAGAUCCCAUGGUGCGCAUCUCUCUGGACAACUACAACAGCAUCUUUGCAGUGACGCCCAGUGGGAUCGCACGCUACCUGACACUACUGAGGCCCGUGGACCAUGAAGAACAGCCGAGUUAUUCCUUCACGAUAGUUACAAUGCUGGAUAGCACAGUGCUGCAUCAGGUCACAUGGACACUGCAGAUCACUGCAGUCAUGCCAUGA